UGAAAUUGGUGAAACAAGAGAUCGUCCAAUCGCAUCUCUACUGGAACGUGACAUAAAGAUAGUACUUUUCUCACAACAAGAUGAUGUUUCAGAGCUUAAACAGAUAGUUAGCGGAGAGAUUGGAAUAAGUGAAACAGAUGCUGCUAAUGAUAAGGUACUUACCCUUUCCGGUGAUGAGUUGCAGCAAUGCCCUGACGAAGAGAUGUUUGGGAAGUUGGGAAUUAGUAUCACUGUUGUGGGAAAAUGCAAAACGAAGCUCAAGCAACGUAUUGUGAGGUGUUUAAGAAGAAAGGGUGAAGUGGUAGCGGUGGUGGGAGAGCGAUCUGGUGAUGCCCCGGUUAUGAAAGAAGCUGAUAUUGGAUUGGCCAUACAGAGUGAGUACCCAGAGAUAACCACACAGAGUGCUAAUGUUACAAUUACCAAGGGGAGCUUCAGUUUGUUGAUUGACAUGAUCAUUUGCGGAAGAAAUGAGAAUUUGCAGAAUUUUAUCCAAGUCGAAGUGAUCGUGACCAUAGCUAGCUCACUCAUAAACUUCAUAUCAGCAAUUUCCUCGGGCGACACCCCAUUAUCCCCAAUCCAAAUAUUCUGGAUUUACUUUCUUGUCUCAUUCCCAGGAGGCCUGGCAUUGCUGUCUGGCCAGCCAAACGAAAACCUCCAGGACACAAUUAGACCAACUGGGCCACUUAUAACCAAGGCAAUGUGGGUGAACAUUCUACUCCAAUCCUCCUAUCAGAUUGCCAUUUUUGUGACCCUUCAGCUCAAAGGAACAGAUAUCCUUGGAAUCAGUCAAGAGGCUAAUAAAUCUAUGAUCUUCAACGCCUUCGUCUUCUGCCAGUUGUGUAACAUAGUCAGUGCCAGGCGGCUGAAAGAGUUGAACAUUUUCAAGGGCAUCGGUCAAAAUCCCUUGUUUUUGGUUGGAUCAGGUGCUUUUGUGGUGUUUCAUCUUCCAUUUGAUGUAGUGUAUUGGUUCAUUACGCAUGGUGCAGGAUUGAAUUGGAAACAGUGUCUUGAGUGCGGUUUAAUUUGCGCUGUUUCAUGGCUUAUGGAUUUGAUAGCAAAGUUGAUAGACAAGUUCCAGGUCACUGAAAUAGCGAGACGUUGGGCUCCAGAGCUCAGCAGCACCCGGGAUUGGCUCAUCGGAAUAAUGCGACGUUCAAAGCUCAUGAGCUUGACAUGUAUCCAACACAGUUCAAAGGAACAGUGAGGUUGACAUAUAUCUUAUACUGCUAGAGAUAGAUGUUCAUCUGCAGCAGUUCAGGGCUUAAUCUUACAUUUCUAGGAUAACCAUGUUAGAUGUUCAUCUGCAAACACUUCAGACUUCAGAGUGUAACCUUAUGCUUCUCUAUUCUUUUAUUUCAUUUCCAUGUUAUUGUUCAUCUUUCACAUUCUGCAAUCUAAUAUUUGUAUUAUUCUUUCAACUUUGGUUUCAACACUUGUAUGUCCCAAGUUUUUUUUCUUUAGACCACGAGAUGUCCUGAGUAGGUACUAACUAUAGGAGUGGAGUGUUGGGUGGAGGCCAGUAAAGGCCAAGUCUAGCACCCAGUGGCUGGAGGAUUGUUGGGCAGAGGCCAGUAAAGGGCUUAAAAGGCCUAGUUCAACACUCAGUGUCUUGAAAAUGUGUGACGGUAUAAAGAAAUAAAGUUACGUAUUUGCUACUAGUUAUAAUUUAAUCCUAACAAAUGGUAUCAAAGUCAUGUCACAGGUUCGAGUCCCAACAAUAACAUUUAAUACUGGUUGGUGCUAAGAGAGGGAAUUGUUGGAUGGAGGCCAGUAAAAAUAAGUC